AGAGCAUAUGCAAAAACACUUACAAAAGUGUUUGUCUCAGCAAAACUCUACCAUCUUGUGCGCAUAUGUUUGCACAUACGUAAAACUUGUUUUUGCAUAUGCUCUUCGGUAUUCGACGUCAUUUUUUGUUGUUUAUUAAUAAGAAAUUUCUUUGAAUUUAAUCAACUCGUAGUUAGUAUAUCGACAUUCGACAAUAACACACUACAAACUGGAAUGAACUUACAGAAUUUGAACUCGGGUUUGUAGUUAUAAAUGAAAUUGAAAUAGUUAAAAUCUCCAAUCGAGUUGUAAACUCGCAGCCGACUUAUAACCGAAUCAAUUUUUUAGAAAUUUUCUUAUAUUUUAACUUUUGAAAAAUAGUUCUAAACCCAUUAGUGUUACCUCCACGCAUCUACUCUAUCACUCUUAUCUCCUCUUAUCUAGAAGAGGAUAGAUGAGGGUAUGGGUUUUAUUUCCGAGGAAAUCUGAUCCCUGCAAUCUUUUGUUCGCAUGUGUUUCUCAAAAAAUAUAUGCUUAAACUGUUCUUUUCUGUAAGUUCAGUUACACUGUAUAGCAUUAAAACGUAUGACAACUUCUGUAUUGUUCUGUUUACGAAUUUUUUUCUUUUUUCUUUCGUAAGAAAAGUGUCAUAAAAAUAAUGAUAUAUUUUUUUAUUUUUUGUUGCUAUGUUCAUUUUUUUUACUAAUUGCACAGUAAAACAAACAUGUAGUGGACUAUAUGUUUCUGUUAUAUUACUAAAAAAAGAAUAACAAUUCUUUUCUUUCUUUCAGCAAUUUUUUUAGAAUUUAUUUUGAUUAUGUUCUUGAAAAGUAUUAAGCAAAAUGACGUUUUUUGAUCAAUUGCUUGAGAUAUUGAAUUUUUAUUCUAAUAUUAGUCAAUAUGAUUUAUCAGACUUAAAUCAAAAUAUAUUUAAUUUAAAAUUAUCACUUUCAACAUAUAAAAAUCUUAAAAUUAUUAAUUGUGGAAGUUAUGAAGAAAAUUUAUAUUUACCAUUGACGAUAUCGGAUGAGAAUGAUCAAAUUACAUUGAAUAUUGAUUCAGAUCAUUUAAUUAUUGAUACAAAUUAUAUUGUUAUUGAUGAAGAAAAAUUAGAAAAUGAACAAAAAAUUGAAAUAAAUAAAAAAAUUUUAAUAUUAAAAAAUUCUAUUGAUGGUUUUGUUACUCUAUUUGAUAAACAACAAGAAGAAAAAAUACCAAUAAAAAAUAUUGAUUUUAUGUUAAAUCAAAUGAAUAUGUAUCGUCCAAGUAUACAAAAAUCGGUCCUUCAAAAUUGUUCCUUUAAUGGAACAAAAUUGGCCGGUUGUAUUAGUGGACAAAUCUAUACAAAUUCCGAUCGUGUAUUUGCAUUAGAAUAUAAAUAUUGGCCGACUGCUGCUGAACAGUGGUUGCAACGAUCAACACCAUAUGGAUGGCCAACAAAUGAAAUAAAAUUGUUAAUUAAAAAUAAUGGUUGUCAUAUUGUACCAACAGGUAUUAAUGAAAUACAAUGGCGUUUAUCAUUUUCUAUCGCUGAAGUAACAUUAAUAAAUACUAUUGAUAACAAUAAAAAACAAAUAUAUUCAAUAUUAAAAUUAUUAAUUAAAUAUAUAUGUCGUAUUAAUAAUAUAAAAAGUUUAAAAUCCUAUCAAUUAAAAACAAUCUUUUUGUGGUAUUGUGAACAACAACAACCAUUCCAAGAUGAACAAUUAUGUUUGACAAAAAAACAAUUGAUAUUAGAUUUACUAAAAUUUACAAUGAACUUUUAUGAAAACAAAUCUAUUCCACAUUAUUUUAUAUCAGCAUAUAAUGUUUUGAUCGAGCGCACAGACGACGAAAUAGAAUCUUAUUAUAAGAUACUAACACAAUUAUACGACAAUAUUGAUUUUAUACUUUUGAGUUUUAUUGAAAAAACGUAUUAUUUACUUAUUGUGUUUGAUACGAAUUUAAUUGAUUUAUACACUAGUUCGAAAUAUCAUUAUAAAUUAUCAUUAUAUUUUAAAUAUAUUUUUUUCAUCUGUAUUAUUUACGAUCUACUUAAAAAUGAACAAUUAAACUAUUCAUUUCGUAAAUGUCAUUCUUCACUUCUAUAUCAACUUCAAUCUCAACUUAAAAUACCAGUACAAAUAGAUCAUAAAUAUUAUUUGUCAUUAGCUUUUAUGAAUGCACGAAAACAACUAAAACUAGAUAAUAAUAUAACAAUUGAUUUGAUUUUAAAAUUAUUAAAACAAGAAAUUGAAAUUGAUAAAAAUCAAUUAUCUCUAUCUGAAUUAAGUGGAAUUAUUUCAAGUGUAUGGUCAUGUGGAUUUUUAAAAAAUUUUUUUUAA